UGCCUGCUUCAUUUGUCCUUUUAUUCGACUGCCACUAUUAUUUUACUCCUAUAAAAGCCGUUGCUUGCUCCUUAUUUUAAAAUUAUAACCCUCUCAAUCUCACCAACUCCUCUUUGUAUCUCCGAUGUACGGAACAAUCUCCGAUGAGAAGACGGUUGACGUACCAGCAGCCGAUGCGUGGAAGCUCUACAGCACUCUCCAGCUCGCCAAAGUGGUGGAAGAAGCCCUCCCCGGCUUCAUCAGCCGCAUCGACGUCGUCCAAGGCGACGGCGGCGCUGGCACCAUUCUCGAGCUCGUUUUCCCUCCAGGUAUUGAAGGGGGAUUGAAGUCGUACAAGGAGAAAUUCACGGUGGUGGAUCACGAGAAGCGUGUGAAGGAGACGGAGGUAGUGGAAGGGGGAUAUCUGGAUCUAGGGUUCACACUGUAUCGGGUGAGAUUCGAAGUGAUAGAGGUGGAGGGAAACGAGAAGCAGUGUAUAACUCGAUCUACGAUCGAAUACGAGCUUAAGGAAGAGGCCGCAGCGAAUGUUGCGCUCGUUUCCAUUCAACCACUCACUGCCAUCAUGCAACUCUCUGCUCAAUAUUUGCUCCGCAACAAUGGCAAUUGAUAUAUUAAUUUGCGUUUCUGUGUUUUGCUUUCAUGUUUACUAGUAAAAUAAAUUUGACUAUUCGUUUUA